UAACAUUCUUGUACCAUGAAGCUGUUAUUAGAAGAAAGGACGUUGGACUAUUGCACUCAUCUUCCCCGUGGUGUAGAUUUAUGUCCCAAACAUGCUAUAAAUGUGAAGAUAGUGAAAACUGAAUGUUAUUGUGUCCAUAUAUCGACAGCCAACGCAUUUGCUGACUGGAACAAAAUGCACUCAUCCGCAUUGUAUUCCUUUUCUUUAGUAGUUUUGUUGGCAUAUUGUGAAACUUUGGUGAUCAGAAAGGGUCCUUUUGAAAAUUAUUAUGAAGUGGACGUUAGCAAUUUAAAAGAGGAUAUCCCACAGAUAAAUGCAGAAUCCCAAAGGUUUUUGCUUCAGGGACACAUUGAAGUAGUUCGAGAAUGGAAUGCUCGUAAAGACCCAACAACGAGAUGGAAAUUCCCAAUUCCAUACAUUCUAACAGAUAGUCUUGAGUUAAAUGCCAAGGGCAUCAUCUUGGAUGUGUUUGAACAGUUUCGCUUAAAGUCGUGCAUUGAUUUUAAACCAUACGAAGGAGAGAAAUCUUUCCUAUCUUUUAAAAAGUUAUAUGGGUGCUGGUCUUUUAUUGGUAAUAACCACAAUGGCCAAGUUUUGUCCAUUGGUCAAAAUUGUGACAGUAAACCUCUUGUUGAGCAUAAAAUUCUGCAUGCACUAGGAUUUUACCACGAGCGCUCAAAACCAGACCGUUAUAACUACGUUAAUAUUCGGUGGAAUGAAAUUCAGCCUGGUGAUGAGAUAGGUUUUAAAGUGUAUGGCGAUGACAUCAUUACUGACCAGAAUACUCCAUAUGAUUAUGAAUCUCUGAUGCAUUAUCCACAAUUCUCCUUCACCAAAAACAAUAGUGUGCGAACCAUCACUGCAAAGAUACCAGCGUUUAAUGACAUUAUUGGACAGCGAUUAGACUUCAGUGCUCUUGAUCUGCUGAGGUUAAAUCGAAUGUAUAAAUGCAAUGCCACUCUCACACUGCUGGACCAAUGUGCAUUUGAGUUUCUUAAUAUCUGUGGCAUGAUCCAGGGAGAACAGGAUGCUACCGACUGGGUUCAUGUGAAGAACAGUCCUGGAAAUGAAGAUCAUACUAUAAGUGGAAAAUGCAGAGAUGCUGGAUACUUCAUGUACCUUGAUACUAAGAAUGGCAAGGCAGGUCAAAAUGCUGUUCUGGAGUCCAGGAUCCUUUACCCCAGAAGGGAUGAGCAGUGUCUUCAGUUUUUCUACAAAAUGACAGGCAGUCCAAUGGAUAAGCUCGUUAUAUGGAUGAAAAUGGAUGAUAGAACUGGAACUGUUCGAAAACUGAUUAAAAUUCAUACAUUACAAGCGGAUGGCAGCCAUUCAUGGAACAUUGCCCAUGUAAAAUUCAAUGCGACAGCCAAGUUUCAUUAUGUUUUCGAAGGAAUAAUUGGUAACCCCAGUGAUUCUUCAGGUGGUAUUUUCCUGGAUGAUGUCACACUUACCGAGACCAAAUGACCUUAUGGUGUCUGGCAUGUAAGGAACUUCACCGAAAAGCUUCAAAACAAUUAUAGGAGGGCCAUAACCAGUCCAUGUUUCUAUAGCCCGGAAGGAUAUCGAUACAGUUUAACUUUAAAACCUCAUUCUCGUUAUGAAAAUUAUACAGGGAUCUUUUUCCACCUGUGCAGUGGUGAAAAUGAUGAUAUGCUUGAAUGGCCAGUUGGGAACAGACAAGUUACCAUUACAGUACUGGACCAGCAUCCUGAUGUGAAACUCAGAAUGUGGUCUACUCGAAGCUUCACUACAGAUGGAAGUUAUCUUCUACCCGAGAGAAAUAACACCUUCUAUUGGGACAAGCCCACAUUAACUGGAGACUACGAUGUUGCAUGCAACUGUUACCAAAGUUCCACCUGGGGAUGGGCAAGAUUCAUAUUACACAGCGAUCUCCACCGCAAAAGUUUCUUAAGAAAUAAUGACCUCAUUAUUUUUACAAAGUUCAAUGAUCUGACUCCACUGAUUCAUACAGAAGUGCCAAUUCAUCCCAGGGGUCCUCCAUUAAGGCAUCGGCGAGCAGUAGAACAUCAGCAACAAAGUCCCUUCAGAGAGCAGUGCAGUCCUGGCUAUUGUCUGAAUGGUGGAAUAUGUGUUAUUGUGAAUGGGAAAACAAGUUGCAGGUGUGCGUCAACUCAAAUACACCAGCACUUUGGUGAUCGCUGUGAGAGAGCACAGGUUCAUGGCACAGUCCUGGGAGUACUGGUUGGUGCAAUUGCAGGUGUACUGGUGUUGACUAUUGCUAUUAUUAACAUAAUUGCCAGAAAACAAAAUUAAAUCAUCAUAAUGCUCAUAGAUGGAUUAUAAAUUGAAAUUUUCACUAAUUUACAAAUCUUUUAAUGUCUUGCAAGAACUUGCAUGAAUUUUGUGUUCAAUGGUAAUUUCAUGAAAUUUGGUUGAAUUUGCAUUUCCUCACAUUAGACAUUACUAUUUUUUCUCAUUGUAUUAUGGAUAAUAAAGCAUGUAAUAAGUAAUUGAGUCAAACUGUUAAGCACUGCUUUGCUUUGUAAAGCUUUUACAAUAAAUCAUUAUGCCUGUUCGCAUUUC